AUGCUUAAGCAGUAUGAUGACAAAAUUGUUCAAUAUUUAGAAACUAGAUCUACGUCCCAGCUAACAAGAUGGAUCGAAAAAAACAAAACACCUUGGACCCAGCCUUAUAAUAAUGAUGUAUCUUAUUACAUUUUCCAAGAAAAACACCCUGCUUUAUUCUUUUUUAGAUAUGAAGCAGACGCUUUGAAAUAUAAUGAGACUUAUCAAAACUUAGCAAAAGAGCAUAAGCAGGAAUUAGUUUUUACACAUGCUGAUUUAUCAUGACCAAAAUAUAGAAAAAUUGGCGAGUUUUUUGGGGUUUCUAGAUAUCAAAUGCCAACAUUUAUGAUAAUAGAUCAUAAAGGAGGAGAAAUUAACAAAUAUUUCUAUUCUAAAGAUGUAAAAGAAAGCGAUGCGGAGGAUUUUAUUUCUUUAUAGAAGUUAAUAAUGAUGCUUAAUAAAUGAAUAAAUCUAAUCCUUCAAAGAAAAUGUUUAUGAAAAAAAAAAGAAAUAGAUUGAUUAUAAAUUGAAAUAGGAUAUAUUAAAAUGAAAAAAUGGAGAAAUUAAGCCUUAUAUAAAAUCUGAGCCAAUUUUAGAGCAGCCAACCGAAGAAUUAGUAAAAACAAUCGUUGCUCAAAACUUCGAAGAAGUUGUUCUCAAAUCAGAUAAAGAUCUGUUAGUCCUAUUCUAUGCACCGUUUUCUGCCAAUUGCAAAAACCUUUUAUACUUUUUACCUUGAAUAGCCCAGAUUUCGAGCAAACCAAACCGAUUUUAA